UCUGUAGCACACUAACGACCGGUUGAUUAACAUAUGUAUUUCGAACCACGGUGGAUAUGUUGCUGAUUUGUUUAUCUCUUGGCAACGGUCACAAGUAACGUAGCAGACUAAGCAGAUUCUUAGGCAUCGAAGCGGUUGUUUUCCAGCUCUAUUACCGAACUUGUGUGCAUACGCUAAUGUUAGUUUGCGUAAUGCAGGGAGACAAACUUGUAUGUGUUCAAUGACUCGGUGAGUAUGGAGGGGUCCGACGACGAGCGGUCCAGCUGUGAAGGCGAGUACACGGUGAGAAACUCGCCGGUGAAAGAGGUAAAGGGAGAAAAAAAGGAGGAUCUGGUAGCCGUGGGAGCUGCUUCUUCAUUUGGCUUCUCGGGUAUUGACACCUUGAGCGCCUUGAAGCUCCACAGAAGCAGCCAGACAGCAGAGAAAAGCCUCCGCUACCUGCACUCUUUAUGGAGCCCGGGCGCUUUACUUCAGGCCGAACCGGCUGGAGGCAAAAUGACGGUGAGCAGAACCAGGAGACUGGGGAGAGUCCGGAGAAACCUGGGACCUAUAGGCAAAGACCUUUACGCUGUGAAGAGGCUCAGAGAAGCAGCCAAUGGCAACGACAUUGACACUGUUCGUAGGUUACUACAGGAUGGCACUGACCCGUGUGCUGCAGAUGACAAAGGAAGGACUGCUUUACAUUUCUCCUCCUGCAAUGGCAAUGAGAGUAUUGUUCAGCUAUUGCUAAGCCAUGGUGCCGAUCCAAACCAGCGUGACAGCCUUGGGAACACUCCUCUCCAUCUUGCUGCCUGUACCAACCAUGUGCCUGUCAUCACUACUUUACUGAGAGGAGGUGCUCGUGUAGACGCAUUGGACCGUGCAGGAAGAACCCCCCUGCAUCUUGCCCGCUCAAAGCUCAACAUAUUACAGGAGGGAGAGUCCCGUAGCUUGGAAACCUUACGAGGAGAAGUCACUCAGAUCAUUCAGAUGUUGCGUGAAUACCUAAAUGUGAUGGGGCACAGCGAGGACCGAGAGAGGCUGGAGCACAUUUCUACCCAACUACAACACACCCGCACUAAAGAACAGGUGGAUGAGGUGACUGACUUACUGGCCAGCUUUACAUCUUUAAGCAUACAAAUGCAGAAUAUGGGAGACAGGUAGACAAGAACAGACACGGAUGCUUACAGAAGGCUGGAUGGGGGAAAUAAAAAAAAAAAAAGUACCCAAGA